GCUGUCGAGGGCCGGCCGCGUGGGCUCCCCCCACACUCCCUCCCGCAGUGGCUCCUGUGGGCAGGCUCCCUUGGUUGUGUGAAACUCUCUGCCCUGCACCCCAGUGCCACCAGCCUGGAAUCCUGGGGUCCUUGUACCUUGAGCCUGCUUGAUGCGGACUGAUUUUUGCGGGGGCGUUCUUCCUUCGGAAAUACCUGCUUGCUCCUGCCUAGUAGCACAUCCACUGGGGGAAGUUUGCUUCUUGCAGUCCAGCAGAAGAAAUCCUGGAAACAGCCUCACGUUACCAUGGCCAGCCCCCCCUCCAGGGAUCAGGCAGACAGAAUCAGGUACACAAAAGGGGACCUUUUUACCUGCCCUAGAACGGACUCGUUGGCUCACUGCAUCAGUGAGGACUGUCGCAUGGGCGCUGGGAUAGCUGUCCUAUUUAAGAAAAAGUUUGGUGGCAUACAGGAGCUGUUGGAUCAGCAGAAGAAGUCUGGAGAGGUGGCCGUUCUGAAAAGAGAUGACAGAUAUAUAUAUUAUCUGAUUACGAAGAAGAAAGUCUCUCACAAACCAACAUAUGAGAAUAUGCAAAAGAGUUUAGAAGCCAUGAAAACUCAUUGUCUGAACAACGGGGUUACUGACAUUUCCAUGCCUAGGAUCGGAUGUGGACUUGACCGUCUGGAAUGGGAUAAGGUUUCAGCGCUACUUGAGGAAGUGUUUGAGGACACGGACAUUAAGAUCACAGUUUAUGCUCUCUGAACAAAGGGACCUUAUGGAGAUGAUUGUUGAUUUCCCUUGCUGUAGAUUCAAGUGGCUUGGGAAUUGAUUUAAAGAAAAAGCUGUGUGUGAAGCAGAGCCCAUCUCCUCCUCUUUGAGGAAUAAUUUACCAUUAGGUUUUUCCCAAUGGCAGGCAGUUGCUUCCAGAGAACUGGCUAGUUUGGAGUGUGUUGAUCAGAGUUCAGAAUGAAGUAUCUAGAAUAAACCUUCAGGGUUAUAUAAAUAUCCCUCCGGGAUCCUUGCCUGUGAGUCACAUAGCCAACCACCAGAUGUCACUGUUCCUCCACCCUUCAGAAUACCCAUCUGCUCAUAAAGAAAUAUUUUCUUACGGUGGUGAUUUGUGCGCAUGGAAGUUUGAGCUAGUUUGGCAUUUUUUAAAAUAUUCCAGAUAUUUGAAUUUAAAAGUUAUAUGUAUCUGUUUAGUGUGUCGUUUCAGAUAACGAAGUGAAUCACUGUGGUCAUCUGCUGUUUAAUUUAAAACGGUACAGUGUUCAGUUCAGUCAUGGAGAUUUCCUCUGUUCUUUUAGUUAUUAAAAAUUAAAGUAUUAUCUUUUCAAAACAUAAGUGAGGUUUCACGCUUUUAUCAGGAGUGUCUCUUAAGCAUCAUGCUAUCAAGUCUCAAGUACAUACCUUUUUAACUCUUGCUAUUGAACCAGAGCGCAACCCCUCUGUAAACCCAACUAUGUUCACAUUUCUCUCUGCCUUCUAUAUGAAGGCUGAACUUCUCAAGGGAACAUAAGUGUAUGAGGCAUAGAUUCCUAGGAGGCUCAUUUUGCCCCACAUAGUUGGUACAAGUAUCAGCAUGCAAGUGUUCUGAGAGAUGGGCUAGUAUGAAAUAAAGUGGGCUUAGCAUUAAAUGCAUGUAUAGGUUUUCAUCUUUACUCUUCAUCUACUGUAUUUAUAGAUUGCUAGUCAUUGUGGGGUCUGUCUCAUUCCAUUUCUACAUCUGGCAUUGCUAAACGGCAAUGAACAAAUCAUUAAUAAAUAGCAUAUUGAAUC